AUGCAAGCGGGUGACAUACCCAAGUAGCGUGGUAUUUACUCAGAGAUACUCACUACUGAGGACACAGAAAAUCUGAAAUUAGUUUCAACUAUCGGCCCUUCAGCCAAUAACGUGAUUCAGACGAACGUUAAACAAAAGUUGCCACGAGCUCUAGGUAUCAAGAGAAAACCAGCUGGAGAGGUUGUUCAAGCUGACCACAAAGGUAGUAAUGUUUUACUUGAUAAAACUGGCAAGCUCCUUGGUAAGAAUUACUUCAGAGAUUCAGAGGUUAACAGAGGCUUCUACUCUAAGAAGAGAGAAGGAGUUGCAGAUGUGGAUCCAAAGGUCAUGGAGCCAUUUAUUCCAAUCCCAGGCAAGCCCCCUAGAUAAGUUGUCAUUGAUAGACAAAGAAAACUAUUUGCUUCCUUGAAUAUCGAAGAUCUUUUAUUUGAGCUCAAAAAUCAAGCUGACUGGCUACCACUUGAGCCUUUCGACGACACUGAAUACGAUUGCAGACUUCCAGAAGAAUGGCUUGAAUAUGGUAAAGAUCCGGUUACAGGAAAUUUCAGUCCGAUUCCAGGAAAAGGAUUAUGGUAUGAUGAUGAUGGUAGAGGCCACUGGAGGCCAGUUCUUAUCCACUCUUAUGACCAUGAGAGAAACGUCUAUUCUGGAACUUGGGACGAUGAUCAAAACGGUUACUGUGACUUGACUCGUAUCAAUCUACUCUUCAAUGCAGAGGAUCCUAGAAUAUUCGCAUAAAGAGUGGCUCAAGCACAUUAAGAGAGAAUUUUCGCUGACUCUCAGAUAAGAUAUAACUUCUUUAUAGACAAUAUGCCUACAAGUACGGAACUACCCGAAUUAGACUCUGAGCAGCAACACAGAAUCAUUCAAAUGGCUACUGCUUCAAGAUAUCUUAAACAAAGAGGCAAUGUAGAUACAGCUGGUAUAAUGGGUGAUGUAAGUCUAGAUUUCGGAAGGACAAUGAACUGGAUUAUCAUGGACAAAACUAUGGAGAAGCCUAUUGAAUAACUGAAAGAGAUGAUCCCAGCUAAUUUAAAUUUACCACCAAAAGCUCCUCUAAAGUAAACACCAUAUUUCGGAAUGACUCCUAUUCCACAGCAUGAUUUCCCAGAGCAAUUCUCAAACUUCUGCUUCAAUUCAUUGUACAUCAAAGAGGAAGUAAUCAAAGCAAUGGUUGAAAUUAGAGCUGAGUGUAACUAACUUCUAUUGGACAAUAAGAUAUUCGAUGUCUCAAUUAACAAAACUUUGAGAGUAGAAGAAUUCAAGCAAAUUUAAUCUUCAAGUGUGGCUCAGAUUAAGUUCAAUACUAGAGAGCAAGGUUGGGUUGGAAGACUUGAGAAAAUAAUAAAAAACUCAUUUACUGAAGUAGGAAAAGGUUGGUUUAAUAUCCAUGAAACUUCAAAAGAGACCUAUGAGUUUGGUAAAUUAAAAAAGUUCUUGACAUUAGUCAACUUCAUGAUGCAGGAUACUAUUUUGACAAUGUGCAAAGAUUCCGUGAGAGAAUUUGUUAAUUUCAUGGUUAAAUUUAUUCCAAGGGAAUCUAUAAUAGUUUCUACUUCUGUUGUUAAGAACACUUUCGAAAAAAUGAUAAUUCUAGGAGAUGACGAUGAAUUGAUUGAAGACGAUGAUAUUCCCGAUAGUGAGUUGACAACAAUUUAAUAGGUGAGAAGAGAAAUGAAUAAGAUGUUCGAUAAGAAUAAGGAUCCUGAGCCUCUUUUCGUUCUCGAUCUUAUCCUUAAGCCAAAUCAAUUAAUCCCUUAGUACUCAACUGAUCCAAAGGAUAUUGUCACAAAAAUUAUGGAAGUAUUUGAUGAAGGUAUUGAGUGCCUCCAGCAAAUUCCACAACUAGAACCAAUUCUACUAAGGCAUUUGUUCAAGACUCAUGGCAAAAAGAUGCUUAAGGCACCACUUAGACCAAGAGAAGAGCCAAAGAGAAAACCUGAUGAUCAAAAUAAUAAAAAGUUCUUGCCAGAUGAAAACAUUUGGCUUUGGGACGCAUUCAGUGCUAUCAGAAAUGGCCUAGAAAAAUCAAUCGAACCUCUCUACGAAUACGUAAAGACUUUUACUAAAUUUGAGGGUGAAAAUAAGAUGAACCCUGAUAAAUAUGUUAAGAGCUUAGAUGAAGGUGAAACCUAAAUUACAGCAGAAGGAUUAAGAAAUGAUAUCUAAGAACAUAGAAAAGAAGAGUCUAGGCUUAAGGAUGAGAUCCCAGAGAGUAUAGUAGUCUCAAUUUUCCAAGUUAACUGCAAGGAUAUCAGAAACAUGUAUGUUGGUAAACACGCCAGCAUCAUUGAAAAAGAAAUUAAGCUUAUUGCCUAGAAAGCUAAGGAGAUGAACUACUCCCUAUCAACAAAGUUUGAUGAGAUAAACGAGAGAAUCAGAAGACCACCUAAAAAUAUUGAGGAUUUGACAGAGACUAGAAAGUAUAUCUCUGAAAUCCCAAUUGUCAUUGAAAAAUUGAAGUAGGAAAUCUCAUAGAGCAUGGACAUUUACUCAAUUCUUGAUGAAUUUAACUACGAAUUUUCAAGCAAUGAUUUGGACUAAAAAUGGUAUCUAUAUGGAUCUCCAUAGAAAGUUGUCUCUGUCAUUGAGUAACAAUCUUAGACUCUUGAUAAAUAGAAAGAGCAAUUCGUGAAGUAAAUGGAAACUGAACAAGAAGAAUUCGAAGAGACUUUAGAUAAUCUUGGCAUCACAGUUGGAGGAUUCUUCAGUUUUGAUGAUCUCAAUAAAUACGAAGAAAUAGCUGUUGAUGUUGAGUCAGUUAAUCAGAGACUGUAAGAUUGCAUCGAGCAAGCUAGACUUUACAACCAAAGAGAAUUCUUAGUAGGAAAAGACCAAAAAGACUAUUCAAGACUAAACCAAAUGGCUAAAGAUUUCUAACCAUACUCAAAUCUUUGGCUCACAACUAGAAACUGGCAUAAGUCUCACCAUGGUUGGUUAAACGAUGAAUGGGAGCAACUUAAUGCAGUUGAACUUGAUAAUACCUUUGAUCAAUCAAACAAGGUCAUUUCUCAAGUACUUAGAUACUUCAGAGAGAAAGAUCAUCCAAAAAUCACUAAGAUUGCAGAAUCAAUGAAGAAGAACAUUGAUGAAUUCAAACCAUAUGUGCCUUUAGCUGUGGCUUUAAGAAAAGAUGGUAUGAAAGAUAGACAUUGGGACUAAAUUUCAGAGAAGGUCGGCUUCGAUAUCAGACCAACUGAAGGUUUCAAUUUAACUACAGUUAUUAACGCAGGAAUGCUAAACAAUAUUGAAGUCUGCGAAGAAGUUGGAGAAAAGGCUUACAAAGAGUAUCACAUUGAAAGAUCACUUAAUAAAAUGGUUAGUGACUGGAAAGAUCAAAACUUCAUGCUUCCAUAGUUUAAGUAAACUAAUACUUUCUAUAUUGCUGGAUUUGAUGAUGCCAUUACUAUGUUGGAUGAACACAUUGUUACUACCCAAGCAAUGACUUUCAGUCCUUUCAAAAAGCCUUUUGAGAAGGAAAUUGAAGAAUGGAAUACUAAGAUGAUCCUAGUGUCAGAUACACUUGAAGAAUGGAUUAAAUGUUAAGGUCAAUGGAUGUAUCUUUAACCUAUUUUCGAUAGUCCUGAUAUUAUGAAACAACUUCCAUAAGAGACUAAGAGAUUUAAGUCUGUUGAUUCAACAUGGAGGCACAUUUUAAAUUAAACCAAGCAAGCACCAAACAUUCUCAUUACUUGCUCUAAAGAAGGACUAAAGGAAAAAUUCCAAGAGGCCAAUAAAAAUCUUGAAAUCGUCCAAAAAGGUCUUGCUGAUUACCUAGAAAAGAAGAGAUCAGUAUUCGCAAGAUUCUAUUUCCUAUCAAACGAUGAACUUCUUGAAAUCUUGUCUCAAACCAAAGAGGUUAGAAACGUUAGACCCCAUUUAAGAAAGGUCUUUGAAGCUAUGGCUGAUUUGGAGUUCUAAAGUGAUGACACAAUCUGGGCAAUGUUUUCUGGUGAAGGAGAGAAAGUAAACUUUGUAAAGAAGAUUGACCCCAAGGAUAGAAAUGUAGAGUACUGGAUGGGAGAUGUAGAGAAAAUGAUGCAACUUUCAGUAAGAAAUGUGCUAUUGAGAUCAAUUGAAGACUAUAUUGUCAAGCCAAGAAAUGAUUGGGUUCAAGUACAUCCAGGUCAAACUGUUUUGAAUGGAAGUUAGGUGCAUUGGACUUCUGAAGUAGAAGAAGGAAUUAGAACAAAGGGAGUCUAAGGUAUUUCUGAAUAUUUAGACAAACUAAACAAGUAACUUAUCGAUACUGUCGUACUUGUCAGAUAAAAGCUUAGUAAAAAUGCUACAAUUACUAUAAAUGCACUUAUCGUUAUUGAUGUGCACGCUAAGGACGUUGUUGCUAAAUUGGUUGAAGAAAAGGUUGAUGAUGUUAACGCUUUCGAAUGGAUCUCUCAACUUAGAUAUUACUGGGAAAAUGACGAUUGCUAUAUCAAAUGUGUUCAAACAAAUUUCCCCUAUGGAUAUGAGUACUUAGGAAACUCAUUGAGACUGGUCAUUACUCCACUCACUGAUAAGUGUUAUAUGACUUUAAUGGGAGCCUUAAAUCUUAAUCUUGGUGGAGCUCCAGCUGGUCCAGCAGGAACUGGUAAAACUGAAUCAACAAAGGAUCUUGCCAAAGCCUUAGCAAAGUAAUGCGUCGUCUUCAACUGCUCAGAUGGUAUGGAUCACAUUAUGGUAGCCAAAUUCUUCAAGGGAUUAGCAAGCGCUGGCGCUUGGGCUUGUUUCGAUGAGUUCAAUAGAAUUAACAUUGAAGUGCUAUCUGUUAUUGCACAGCAGCUACUAGUACUUUUCAGAGCAAAGGGUAAUAAUGAUCCUGAAAUCUUCUUUGAGGAUUCACUUAUAAAGAUGAAGCCAACUUUUUGCGUCUUCAUUACUAUGAAUCCAGGUUAUGCCGGUCGUACAGAGCUUCCAGAUAAUCUUAAGGCACUUUUUAGACCAGUGGCUAUGAUGGUACCGGAUUACGCUUUGAUUGGAGAGAUCAUGCUUUAUUCUUUUGGAUUCCUGACUGGUCGUGAUCUAGCCAGAAAAAUGGUCACCACAUUCAAACUUAGUUCAGAACAGUUAUCAUCGUAAGAUCAUUAUGAUUAUGGAAUGAGAGCAGUGCGUUCAGUUAUUAAUGCUGCCGGUCUUCUUAAAAGAGCUAACCCAGAUAUGAAUGAAGAUCAACUUCUUCUAAGAGCCUUAAGAGACGUUAAUGUUCCUAAAUUCUUGAAAGAUGAUCUCCCCUUGUUUGAAAAUAUCAUUUUAGAUCUCUUCCCAGGAGUUUCAAAGCCAACAGUUAACUAUGGAGGUCUCUUCAACUCCCUUAACAAUUCUUGUGCUCACUAUAAUCUAUAACCAGUUGAUUAAUUCAUCAUGAAAAUUAUCCAACUCUAUGAUACUAUUCAAGUUAGACAUGGUCUCAUGUUGGUCGGACCAACCGGUGGUGGUAAAACCGCUAACUACAAAGUGCUUUAGCAUGCUAUGUCUGCCCUUGCAGGUUAAGAUGCAUUCGUUAAAGUACAUGUUGAUAUUCUUAACCCUAAGUCAAUCACAAUGGGAUAACUCUAUGGAUAUGUUGAUUCUCAAACCUCUGAAUGGCAGGAUGGUGUCUUAGCUAAGUUGGUUUUGGACUGUACAAAAGAUGAGUCUCCAGAUCUUCAUUGGGUAAUGUUUGAUGGACCAGUUGAUGCUAUUUGGAUUGAAAACAUGAAUACAGUGCUCGAUGAUAAUAAAAAACUUUGCCUGAACUCAGGUCAGAUUAUCACUCUUACCAGCAGAAUGACAAUGAUGUUUGAAGUAGAAGAUCUUGCUGUCGCUUCUCCAGCUACCGUAUCUAGAUGUGGUAUGGUUUACUUGGAACCUGCUAGUUUGACUUUAGAACCUCUAGUCAAAUCUUGGUUGAACUCUAUCCCACCAAAGAUUAAGGAAAACAAAAAUAUUGUCAACAAACUCCAAACCCUAUAUGACUAAUUCUUGAAUGAUACAUGCUAUUUUGUUAGGAAGUUUUUACCUGAGCCAGUUAAGACUGUUGAUAACAAUAUAACUCAAAGCUCAAUGAGAAUCCUUGAAUGUUUCUUUGCCUAAUAUGUUGAAACUGAAAUUAAAAAGGUAACAAAGGAUGAAAUAAACAACUUAGAAACUAUGAUUACCCAACUCUUCUUGUUUGCUAUAAUCUGGUCAAUCGGUACAACUACAACUCUAGAUGGAAGACUUAAAUUCAACUCUUGGAUAAGAGAGAAGAUUCAAAGCCUUGGAAUUGAAUUCCCUGAGGAAAGAUUAGUCUACGACUACAAAUGGAACCAUGAAUCCAAAGAAUGGUAAUACUGGAAAGACACUAUCCCAGAGUUCAGUGUUGAUAUCAAGGUCAGCUUUAACGAAAUCCUAGUCCCAACUGUUGAUUCAAUCAGAAUGAAGCACUUUAUUAAGUUCUUAGUCUUAAAUGGCAAGCAUGUCCUCACCCCAGGACCUACUGGUACAGGUAAAAGUGUCAAUAUUCAGGAAUUAAUGACUUACGAAUUACCUGAAGAGUUCCAAACUCUUGCAAUGACUUUCUCAGCUUAAACAUCAGCAAACUAAACUUAAGACUAUCUUGAUGACAAGUUUGAGAAGAGAAGAAAGGGAGUUUAUGGCCCUCCAGUCGGAAAGAAGUUCGUUAUCUUUAUUGAUGAUUUGAACAUGCCAAAGAAAGAAGAAUAUGGUGCUUAACCACCCCUAGAACUCUUAAGACAAUGGAUGGAUCAUCAUGGUUGGUAUGACAGAAAGAGUAAGGAAAAGCCUUUCAAUAGAAUCGAGGAUAUUAUCUUUAUAUCAGCUAUGGGUCCUCCAGGAGGUGGUAGAAGUGAAAUCACUUAGAGAUUACAAAGACAUUUCAAUAUUAUGACUUACACUGAUCUCUAACAAGAAUCUAUUCAUACUAUUUUCUUCACAAUCAUCACUGCUUUCUAUUAUAACUUCACUUCUGAUGUGAAAAACUCCUUGAAUGAUUUAGUUGAGAUGACUUUAAGAGUCUAUGAUAAUGUUUUAUAUGGAAAGUUGAAGCCAACACCUAACAAAUCUCACUAUACAUUCAACUUAAGAGAUAUUAGCAGAAUUUUCUAAGGAUUGUGUAACGCAAACAACAAACUCACUGGCUAGCCAGUUCAUGUAGUCAGAAUGUGGAUCCAUGAGAAUAAAAGAGUCUUUGGAGAUAGAUUGAUCGAUAAUUCAGACAGAGAUUGGCUUGAUAGUCUCUUGCUUUCAGAGGCAGAAAAGACUUUCAAUCUUACACACAAACAAAUUUUUAAUGCUGAGAGACUUAUUUUCGGAGAUUACAUGGGAGGUAUUGAUGUUGAUAACAGAAUUUAUGGACAAGUCGAAAACCUCAAAGAUUUUGUCAUAAAGAUUGAGGAUUAUUUAGAAGAGUAUAACUCAUCAGUCAAGACUCAAAUGAAGUUAGUCAUGUUCUUGGAUGCUUGUGAUCAUGUCUCAAGAAUUGAGAGAGUCAUCAGAUAACCAUUGGGAAAUGCUCUAUGCCUUGGAGUAGGUGGUUCAGGAAGAUAAAGUUUAGCCAGACUUGCAACUUACAUUGCAAACUACAAGAUAUUCUAAAUUGAAGUCGUCAAAGGCUAUAACAUGUAAAACUGGAGAGAAGAUGUUAAGAAGGCUUUAAUGCAGGCUGGUGUUGAUAACAAAUCAACAUCCUUCCUCUUUGUCGAUACAUAAAUUAUCAAUGAGCAAAUGCUUGAAGAUAUCAACAAUAUUCUAAACUCUGGUGAUGUCCCAGGCCUUUACAAGACUGAGGAUAUGGAGCCUAUUUUUAAAGUAGGAAAAUUAGUCUGUAUGGAAAAAGGUCUUUAAAUCACUAAGAUGAAUAUGUUCUCAGGAUAUUUGGGCAGAGUUAAGAGAAAUAUUCAUAUGAUUAUUGCUAUGAGUCCACUUGGAGAAAUCUUCAGAAGUAGAAUAAGAAAGUUCCCAUCUCUAGUAAACUGUUGUACUAUUGAUUGGUUCACAGAAUGGCCAGAAGAAGCACUUCUUGGUGUCGGUAGAGGUUAAGUAACUGCUGAAGAUUUAGGAUUAGGCAAAUUCCUCGACCCAUGUGUUGAAAUGUUUAAGAAUAUCCAUUAGUCAGUCGAAAAGAAGUCACAGGAAUUCUUAGACUAACUUAGAAGAAGAAAUUAUGUAACACCCACUUCUUUCCUUGAGUUACUGAGUAUGUACAAAACUAUUCUUUUCGAUAAGAGAAAAGAAGUAGAAUUCUCUAAGAAUAGAUUGCUUAAAGGUCUUUAGGUCCUAGAAGAAGCAGCUAUUGAAAUCGCAAAACUUAAAGAGCACAUUGAUAAGAUGACACCAGAGCUUGAAAUCACAAAGAGAGAUGUCGAAAAAACUAUGCAUGAACUAUCACAUGAUAAAGCAGAUGCAGAUUAAGAGAAAGAAAUCGUAGCCAAGGAUGAGGCAGAGGCUACUCAAUAAGAAUCAGAAGCUGAAACUUUAAAAACAGAGGCUGAGUUAGAACUUAGUAAAGCUACUCCCUUACUUGAAGAAGCCUCAAGAGUACUUAAAGAACUUAAGAAAGAUGAUUUUUAUGUUAUGAGUUCAAUUAAGAAGCCUACUUCAGCUGUCGUUUUAGGUAUGGAGAUCUCUUGCUAUAUGAUGGGAUUAAAAGCCAAAAAGACAAAUAUCGGUAAAGUUGAUGGUGAUACUAAUGGUUAUUUCGAUCUCGCCAGAUCAAAUCUUUUGAAUAAUCCUGGACAGUUUAUGUAGAAGAUGAUUGAUUUCGACAAAGAAAAUAUCCCAGAAGCCACUGUUAAGAGAGUUAAUGCUAUUCUAAAUUCAGAAGAAUUUACUCUAGAUAAGGUCAAGGCAGCUUCUCAAGCCUUGGUCGCUAUUCACAAAUGGGUAUCUGCUAUGAUGCAAUAUCAUGAGCUAUUGAAGAUUGUCAACCCAAAAAGACUUAAGGUCGCUGAAAUGAAUGAAAAGCUAUCAAUUGUCAGAGCUAACCUUGCCGAAAAGAGAAAGAAGCUCAGAGAAGUUGAAGAGAAGAUUGAGAGUCUAGAAAGAAUGUACAGAGAGAAACUAGAGCUAGAGGCUAGUCUUCAAUAACAGAUCAAUGAUUGCUACAAGAAACUAGAAAGAGCCAAUAAGAUCAUAACAGGUCUUGAAGGUGAGAAAACUAGAUGGACUCAAACUGUAGGUAGACUUGACAGAGAAUAUGGGCUUCUUAUUGGAAAUUGUUUAGUUGGAGCAGGUAUGGUAGCUUAUGCUGGAGCCUUUACUGCUUAAUUUAGAACAGAACUUGAAGCCUAAUGGAGAGAUGGAAUUAAGAAGCUAAAGAUUGAUUAUAUGGAAAACAUUACAAUGAAGGUUCUUUUAGAAGAUCCAGUUAAAACUAAGAUUUGGACUGCUGCCUCACUUCCCAAUGAUAACCUUUCAAUUGAAAAUGCAAUCAUUAUGUUUAAAUCAAGAAGAUGGCCACUUAUGAUUGACCCUCAAAACUAAGCAAACAAGUUUAUUAAGAGUCUUGGUAAAGAUGAAGCCGAAUCUGGACUUGAUGUUUUCAAGAUGAGUGAUUCCUAAAUUCUUAAGUUCCUUGAGUUAGGUAUCUAGUUCGGUAAAUGGGUACUUAUUGAGAAUGUUGGUGAAGAUAUGGAUCCAGCAUUAGAGCCUAUUCUAUUGAAAUAAGUCGACAAGAGUGGUAGUUUAAAGCUCGGAGAUAAGAGUAUUCCAUAUAACAACAGUUUCAGAUUCUUCAUGACAACUACAAUUCCUAACCCUCAUUAUUCCCCAGAAACAUCAGUCAAAGUCACUAUUCUCAACUUUGCUAUUACACCAUUCGGUUUAGAAGAGCAAAUGCUUAAUUAGUUCGUAUCACAAGAAAUGCCAGAGCUUCAAAAGAAGAAGGAUACCAUUGUGCAAUAAAACGCUCAAUCUGCAAAAGUCUUAAGAGAAAUUGAAGAUAAGAUCUUAGAGGGCUUAACAAAGAAUGCUAAGAUUGCAGAUAUUCUUGAGGAUGAUGAACUCAUUAAAGUUCUUGAUGAAUCUAAAAAGACUUCAGAUGAGAUUACCCAACGUAUGAAAGAAUCAGAAAUCACUGAGAAAGAGAUUGAUAAGACUAGAGAAAUUUACAGACCAGUAGCCUAUAGAGCCUCAAUAUUGUUCUUCACAAUUAUUGAUCUUGCAGUUAUCGAUCCUAUGUAUCAAUAUUCAUUACAAUGGUUUGCUAAUCUAUUCGGAUAAUCAGUAGAUAACUCAGCCAAAUCUAAUGAAGCUGAUCAGAGAAUUAAAUUCCUCAAUGAUCACUUCACUCUUAGCUUGUAUGAAAAUGUUUGCAGAAGUUUGUUCGAGAAGCAUAAACUGCUAUUCUCAUUCAUUUUAACGGUCAAGAUCUUAUUCGGAUAUCAUGAAAUUGAUCCUGAAGAAUGGAGAUAUUACUUAGCUGGUCCAGCAGGAGAAAUUGAAAUCGUUAAGAAUCCUACAGAUUGGUUAGGAGAACUUGAGUGGGCUGAAACCUACAAACAGCUCUUUGGAAUGUCUAAGCUGCCAAUUUUCAAGGGCUUUGACAACUUCUUCAUUUAAAAUAACAAAGCCUUCCAAAAGAUAUUCGAUCAUUAAGAGCCUCACAACUAACCAAUUCCAGGUGACUGGAAUAAGAAGCUAAACUCAUUACAGAAAAUGAUUGCCCUUAAGAGCAUCAGGCCUGAUAAGAUUACUCUUGCAGUCUAAAACUACAUUUGCGAGAAGUUAGGCAAGGAAUUCAUUGAACCACCGACAUUCAACCUCGCGAAGAGCUUCAAAGAUUCAUCAGUGACUAUUCCACUGAUUUUCGUAUUGAGUCCAGGAUCCGAUCCAGUUGCUGAUUUCCACAGAUUUGCAGAGGAAAUGAAUAUGUCAAAGAAACUUGAGAGUAUAUCUCUUGGUAAGGGUCAAGACAAAAAAGCAGAAUCUAUGAUUUAGGAUGCUGCCACUAAAGGAGGUUGGGUACUUCUCAUGAACUGCCAUUUAGCUACCUCUUUCAUGCCUAAGUUGGAGCAUAUUGUAGAGAAUCUAGAUGAUAGCAAUCACAGAGAUUUCAGAUUGUGGUUAACUAGUAUGCCAAAUAAGGACUUCCCAGUUUCAACACUUCAAAACUCUGUAAAGAUGACCUUAGAACCACCUAGUGGAUUGAGACAGAAUAUUCUCAGAACUUAUGAGGCUAUUGAUGGAAAAGACUUUGAGGAUUGUACUAAGCCUGAAAUUUACAAGAAAUUAUUGUUUGGAUUUUCAUUCUUCCAUGCUAUUGUCCAAGACAGAAGAAAGUUCGGAGCUAUCGGCUGGAAUAUUCCUUAUGAAUUCACCAAUGAGGAUCUAAUGGUCUCAAGAAGACAGUUAAAGAUCUUCGUUCAGGACUACGAACUAAUUCCCUAUAAAGUACUAAACUACAUUGGAGCUGAAAUUAACUACGGAGGUCGUGUUACUGACGAUAAGGACUCCCGUUUGAUCAUCACUAUUCUAAGAACAUAUAUCAAUGAAGGAAUAUUGUAAGACGGUUUCAAAUUCUCUACAAGUGGAAUAUAUUAUUCACCAGUUGCAGGCGAGAAGGAAGAUUUCAUUGAAUACAUAAAAUCACUCCCUCUUAAUCCAUCUCCUGAAGCAUUUGGUCUCCAUGAAAAUGCUGAGAUCACCACAUCUCAAAAUACUACUAGAGUUUUAUUGGAGGCUAUUCUAUCUAUGUAACCAAGAGCAUCUAGCGGCUCUGGAAAAACAAGAGAGCAAAUCAUUGGUGAGAUGGCUCAGUACCUAGAAUCGAGAACACCAGAGGUAUUCGAUCUUGAGAUGGUUGGAAAGAACUAUCCUACAUCAUAUGAGGAAUCUAUGAAUACCGUACUCUUCCAAGAAUGUGUUAGAUACAACAGGCUUUUGUUUGAUAUGAAAGUCAGUCUUGCUAAUGUACAAAAGGCUCUUAAGGGAGAAGUCGUUAUGAGUGAAGAUCUUGAGAAGAUGUCUAACUCUAUCUUUGAUAAUCUUGUGCCAAAGAGUUGGUAAGAUAAAGGUUUCCUUUCACUAAAGCCACUUGCCUCUUGGAUUCAAGACUGCAAUGAUCGUAUCAACUUCCUAACAAAUUGGAUCAAUCACGGAACACCUAGAGUAUUCUGGAUCUCCGGAUUCUUCUUCCCACAAGCAUUCUUGACAGGUACCUUGUAAAAUUACGCCAGAAAGCAUAUUAUUGCCAUCGAUAGAUUGGCAUUUAGAUACGAGAUCCACGAUGACAAAACAUUCAAAGAUGUGAGAGAAAAGCCAGCUGACGGUUGCUACAUCUAUGGAAUGUACAUAGAAGGUUGCAAGUGGGAUGCUAGAAAGCAUUUACUCGACGACUCCGACCCAAAGAAACUUUUCACAGACAUCCCAUUGUUACUGCUAGUUCCACAGAUGGACAGAAUAGCACCAAAGACAGGAAUAUAUAACACACCCGUGUAUAAAGUUUUGUCAAGAGCAGGUACAUUAUCAACAACAGGUCACUCAACUAACUUCGUUAUGAUGAUGGAACUGCCCUCAGACGAGAAGGAGGAUAAAUGGAUUAAAGCUGGUGUCGCUGCAUUCCUUGCACUCAGAUAUUGA